AUGUCCUUGAUGCAGUACACUACCGUGCCGGACACAACUAAAGUGCUCAAGUUCCAUGCGGCCGCUGCCCAGGUGUACUCCGCGGAUUUAUCGUCGCGGACCCCGAUGCGCAGCAGUGACAGGGCCGACUAUACUGGACUGCGAGUGGGACAGAUCGACACUGCUAUGAUGCAAGAAUGGCGGCAAGCCAGAAAUUUAUCCCCUGUAAAUUUCAAGAACUUGGAAGGCACGCUGGGAUGCACAAAAACAUCUGCGAGAUGGGCGCCUCACCUUUUGAUUGAAGAGCAAAAAGCUGUCAGGACACCUUCACAGCCGCACAUUCUCAUUUCGAGUGACGUUAAUGAAAAUGUCAGAAUUAAUAUUCAGAAUGGCCGCAAGCCAGAAAUUUAUCCCCUGUAA